GAAGGGGGGGCGGAAACACACGCAGGCGCACUAGCAAGCCCUCGGCCUGAGGCGGGACUAGAACCUCGGUUAAAGGACAGCUCUUGCAGCCAAUCAAAGACAGCGUUGGUGGCUUCUUGCUGAAGAAGACCGGAAGUCGGUUUCGGCUGUAGGGGCGAAGGCGGCUGCCGCCUGUAUAAAGCCGGCGCUGAGGUUCUGAUCUUCUACAAUGGGUGAACCACAGCAAGUGAGUGCACUUCCACCACCUCCAAUGCAAUACAUUAAGGAAUAUACGGAUGAAAAUAUCCAGGAAGGCUUAGCUCCUAAGCCUCCCCCUCCAAUAAAAGAUAGUUAUAUGAUGUUUGGCAACCAGUUCCAAUGUGAUGAUCUUAUCAUUCGCCCUUUGGAAAGUCAGGGCAUUGAACGACUUCAUCCGAUGCAGUUUGAUCACAAGAAAGAACUGAGAAAACUCAAUAUGUCUAUCCUUAUUAAUUUUUUGGACCUUUUAGAUAUAUUGAUAAGGAGCCCUGGGAGUAUAAAACGAGAAGAAAAGCUAGAAGAUCUUAAGUUGCUUUUUGUACAUGUGCAUCAUCUUAUAAAUGAAUACCGACCCCACCAAGCAAGAGAGACCUUGAGAGUCAUGAUGGAGGUCCAGAAACGUCAACGGCUUGAGACAGCUGAGAGGUUUCAGAAACAUCUGGAACGAGUAAUUGAGAUGAUUCAAAAUUGCUUGGCUUCUUUGCCCGAUGAUUUGCCCCACUCAGAAGCAGGGAUGAGAGUAAAAACUGAACCAAUGGAUGCUGAUGAUAGCAACAAUUGUACUGGACAGAAUGAACAACAAAGAGAAAAUUCAGGUUAUAGGAGAGACCAGAUUAUAGAGAAAGAUGCUGCCUUGUGUGUACUGAUUGAUGAAAUGAAUGAAAGACCAUGAAGGAUAUUUCUCUUUCUUCUUUUCUUUUUUCUUUUGACACAUAAUAGCAUCAUAUAUUAGUUUAUUUUCUUUUGGAUAAUCUUAAGAGAGGUAUAACUAAAAAUGUAAACAACUUUAAUUUUGACUUUCCAUCUUUUUCAGUUAUGAGAUGACCUAGGCAGUAAUGUCACAGUAUAACAAGUACAGGCAAAUGAAUGCCCCUAUACUAAGAGUAAUCACUUUAGAAAGCAAAAUGUUUCCUGCUGUUUUGUGGGACAUUCCUAUUUUUUGGAGUUGCUGUACAACUUUGAAGAUAACCUCAA